GGCACAAUAGUGUCACCAUGUGGUUAUACCUCGCAAAUACAUUCGUUACGUCACUCAAUAAUCAUGGCUGACAAGGGUACGGGAGAAGUUUUGGGAGAAACUGGAAAACCAAUCACGCAAGCACAGAAAAACCUGAUCAAAAGACGACUUGAACUUCAGCAGUUGCAGGCCAAUACGAAGAGGCUCAGAACACGCAAUCUUUUCACUGGACUCGCUAUCGGCGGUUUCGUCCUCGGCAUGUUCACCUACACCAUAGUGUCUGUGAAGCAGGAGAAGAUCAUGGAUGAGAUUGACGAGGAGGCCAAGAUCUAUGUGAUGAAGGGGCCCAGGACAGGGGCCAACUCCUAGCAACACGGCUCGGCUUUCGAAGGCUCCAUCUUAAACCACAGACUUUCAUUUCUCGAAUUACUGAGAUUUCAGCUUGCCGGUUUCCUCUUUUCUAAAAGAGCACUGCAGCUGAAAAUGGCCUCUUCUCUGGAUAGCUCUGAAACAUGUGUGCUGUAAAAACUGAUGCUUGGUGGUGUAAUGGGUUAUUAUUUAAGAUUAUGAUGUAAAUAUGGGUGUUGUGGUAUAAUAAAAUUCAGAUCAAGAAACCUUGA